AUGAAAAUUUUUUCAGGCAAACGUUCUCUAGUAAAGAUUGUGAUAAUGGCUCAUUUAUAUGUCAAUCAUCUUGCAGCAACUGCUGCUUUUAGUUCACCAUUUUACAGUAGUAUUUAUGGCCGUGAUCCACCAACAUCUGCCGAAUCGUAUGCUCUUAUGAGUAGUUAUUUGCGUUUAUCAUCCGAGAAAAAGGAACAACAUCAAAAACCUCCCUAUUCCUAUAUUGCACUUAUUGCCAUGGCUAUUAAAAAUGCUCCUGAUCAUAAAAUUACUCUUAAUGGAAUUUAUAGUUUUAUUAUGGAACGUUUUCCAUAUUAUCAUGAAAAUAAACAAGGAUGGCAAAACAGUAUUAGACACAAUCUAAGUCUCAAUGAUUGUUUUAUCAAAGUACCAAGAGAGAAAGGCAAACCAGGAAAAGAUGAUCGUUGCGAUGAAAUGUUCGAAAAUGGCAAUUAUCGUCGACGAAAAAGACGACCUAAACAAGCUAUACAUUCUCAAAUUUCAUCAUUGUCAAAUUCGACAGUGGAAUCAUCCACAAGUACACCGAGUGGUGGUGGUGGUGGAGGUACUAAUAAUUAUUUAUUACGGCAAAGUACAGAUUCAGAUUCGAAUUCAUCAUUGAAAGAAGAGGAAGAUAGUCCAACGCCGUCCACAAGUACCAUAUUCCAAAAUUCUUAUGAACAAUUUAAUCGUAACGAUAAUUAUUCAUAUCUUAAAAUCGAUCAACCAAGUUUGAACGAUUAUUAUAUACAAAAGUCGAAUUUAAAACAGUUGGACACGACGAAAACUGGCGACAGUGAUCUAAAAUCGAAAUGUUUAAAACGUACACGCUCUAAUAGUUCUAAUGAUACUGUAAUUAAAAAACAGAAAAAAACAUCAAAAUUUUCAAUAGAAACAUUGAUUGGUAAAGAUGAUGCGAUAAUACAAAAAAAUUCUACAAUAAAUAAUCAUUAUAUGACAAAGAUCCCAAAAGCAUUAGAAAAUAUUCCUAUUCCUCCCGUGGAUAAAUCUUCGAGUUCAUCAUCGUCUCCCUUAUCAAUAUCACCGCCUUAUUCUAUUUCACGCAAUUUUCCUUAUGGAUUAUCGUCGUUAAGAUCAUCAACAAUGGCUUGUCGAUAUAAUCCCUAUACAGCAGUUAUGGCUGCAGCUACGGGAAAUUAUUCAAUAUUAAAUGGACUCGCUUUAACAUCUCCAACAUUGUAUAAUGCAAUAACUACAGUGAACGAUACACUGUACGAUUCGAACUAUGCUAAAUUAUGA